AUGAAGUGUUGGGUAUCUGCAUUGCUCUUUUUUGGAGUCGCGUACUAUGUCAUGAAUGCGUUGUUCACCACAUGGUUGCCAAAGAACUAUAUCUUUGAUAAAGACGUCCUGAAUGGUCUUGUAAAUGAGACCUUGGCAAAGCACAACAGCACUUCUGAUGAUUUUAAUUUAGAGGCUAUGUUUAAAGACUUGAGAGAUGCAAUGGCGGACCAUUACGGUGAUGAAUACGUCAAUGAGUAUCGUAGAGAAGACUGGGUGUUCAACAAUGCCGGUGGUGCUAUGGGCCAAAUGAUUAUCUUGCAUGCAUCCAUCUCUGAGUAUGUGAUCAUAUUUGGUACACCAGUGGGCACUGAAGGUCAUACUGGCGUUCAUUUCGCCGAUGACUAUUUCACUAUCUUGAGUGGUGCACAAUAUGCAGCCGUGCCAUGGUCACCAGUUAGAGAAGUUUAUUUGCCGGGCCAAACGCAUCACCUGCCAAAGGGUGAAGUUAAACAAUACGGUAUGCCUCCGGAAUCCUUUGCACUUGAACUGGCGCAGGGUUGGAUCCCUUGCAUGUUGCCUUUCGGAUUCUUGGAUACGUUCUCAAGUACCAUAGACUUGCAAACGUUAUGGAAAACUGUUUAUCUCACUGGUAAAGACAUGAUCAAGAAUCUUGUCAAUGGCAAAUUCUGA